AUCGAUAACCGUCACCCAGCUUCAUCACCACGCAACGUCAUCCAGGCAACGACACAGUCGCCCACCAAAAACCAAAACAUCCUCACCACCACACCACCAAGACUCUCGUUCACCACCCCAAAAGACUCAUCGAAAUCUCUCACACGACCCGCACACCAAGUAAAACCGAAACCGCAACAAUGAACCGCCUCUUCGGCGCAGCCCCCAAGGGCCCAAAACCAACCCUAAACAGCGCAAUCACAAACAUCGACGACCGCAUCUCCUCAAUCGACGUCAAACUCUCCGCCCUCACCGCAGAACUAAACACCUACCAGCAAAAACUCUCCAAAAUGCGCGACGGCCCCGGUAAAAACGCAAUCAAGCAAAAAGCCCUAAAAGUCCUCCAGCGCCGCAAAAUGUACGAGUCCCAGCGCGACCAGCUCCAGUCCCAGGUCUGGAACAUGGAGCAGGCGCAGACGAUGCAGGAUAACCUGAAAAAUACCAUGGCCACCGUCGACGCGCUCAAGACGACAAACAAGGAACUCAAGAAGCAGUAUGGGAAGGUGGACAUUGACAAGAUUGAGAGGUUGCAGGAUGAGAUGGCGGAUUUGAUGGAUAUUGGAAACGAUAUCCAGGAGAGUUUGGCGCGGUCGUACGAUGUGCCCGAGGACGUGGACGAGGCGGAGCUGGAUGCCGAGUUGGAGGCGUUGGGGAUGGAGGCCGAGUUGGAGCCCGAGAUGGGCGCCAUGCCGAGUUUCUUGCAGGAGGAGUUGCCCGAGUUUGUGGAUGAGGAGCCGGCCAAGGAGGGUGCCAAGCUCAAGGAGGCUGCUGGCUAAUGUGCUUGCAGAGUGUGGUGCAGGAAAGGAGACCAAGAUUAGAUGGGAGAGCAAAGGCGAGCUUUUGGAGUUUCGUUUUGUUGUCGGCGUAAUGGCAUACCUCAUAUCCACAUCAUUACAAGUACCAGGC